AUGGAGAACUUACUGACUAUUCAACCUCAAUCUGUACUCUACAAUGAUGAUGUUGAUAUUGAAGAUUUUUUUCAAAAUAGUCUUGAACCCUUAAUGAAAAAAUUCAAGCUUCGACUUGCUCAAUUUGAACAUGUCGUCAACCAUGAAUGUCUUCACCAAUAUUCUAAAAUUCAAAAAGCAUAUCAUUUACUCGAUGAUCUCGGCCAAGAAUGGCAAGAGCGACGUGAACAAGCACUCGAAUUUCAACAAAAAUUAGUACAGGACCCUAUCAUGACACCGCCUGAUUUAUUGAGUGCCAUGAUGGAAUUAUCCAAAAAAUACCAUGAACUUGAAGAGAAUCUCAAUAACAGUGAAAUGAUAGAAAAUACGAUUGAUGCCUUCAUGGCUACAAUGGAAGAAUUAGACACCAAGAUUGCAAAUGCACUCGGUCGUGCUGAUAGAAUGCGAGAACGAGUCGAAGAAAAGAUUUUAGAAGUCGCUGGUGCAGCCAAUGAAAAACUAGACAAACUCAAGUAUGCAAUGUCGUUUGGCACCAACCGUUUGUUAAUGUACGACGAACUGCCUGGUCCUUGGCAAAAUAAUCAAUACAUCCGAACGGGUUACCGCUUUUUGGGUUCAGCAGCUGAUUGUUGGUACUCACUCUUUUAUUUUCAUAAUGAAACAGGCAAUAUCUGGACUCAUCUAUUGGGUUUUGUUGCACUGUUCAGCAUUGGUAUCUAUGAACUCUUCUUUUCUGAACUGAUGGCCAGUAUCCCACUCAAAGACCGUCUUGUGUUUCUGGUCUUCUUUUUAGCUGCUUGUAAAUGUCUGAUGUGUUCUACUGUGUGGCAUACACUCUCUGGUAUCAAUAACCUAAAGGUAUACAAACAAGUCGCCUGUCUAGAUUAUGUUGGUAUCUCUGUUUUGAUCUGUGCCAGUAUCAUUCUAUGCGAAUACUAUGGUUUUUAUUGUGACGAUGCUAUCCGAAAUACGUAUAUCUCAUUCACUUCCACAUUGGCUGUCAUUGGUGUCAGCAUGCCGUUUCAAGAAUGGUUUGAUAAACAUGAACGCAGGUGGCUUCGGAUUGCCUUUUUUAUCGCAUUAGCCUCAUCAGGUGUCUUUGUGAUUGCUCACUUGACUGUGGUGCGUGGAGUCCAGGCAACAUUCAGUUGGUUGACACCUGUGUUUAAAUCGAUUCUUUGCUAUUUAGCAGGUGUGAUUGUCUAUGGCAACCAAUUCCCCGAAAAAUUCUGGCCAGGCAAAUUUGACCAUUUAGGCCAUUCGCAUCAAUUCUGGCAUCUUUUUGUUUGUGGCGGUAUCUGGUUCCAUUAUCAGGCCGCACUUGAAUUUGCCUUUCAACGAGAAGUGUUUGGCCAAUGUUUGUUGAGUUAA